AUGACCAAUGUGGUGAAAAUUUGUGGGUUACGUGAUGCUGAAUCAGCGCAACAUGCUAUCACUAAUGGAGCUGAUCUUCUUGGCAUGAUCAUGGUUCCGGGACGCAGCCGCACAGUGGAUACCGAGGUUGCGAAGCAAAUUGUUGCUGGAGUGAAGAAUCAACGGAGAGCAAACCAUGUUCGAACUGUAUUUGAGGGAAUCGACAUAACACUACCGUUUCCACAAUACGUUGACCAAGUUCGGCGCAAUAUUAUUCUGCAAGGGCCGUUCACAGUUGGUGUAUUUCGAAAUCAAAGCGAAGAGGAGGUUUAUGGGUUGGCUCGAGAAAUUGGUGUUGACUUUAUCCAAUUGCAUGGCAGUGAAGAUAAGCCGAGCUUUUUUGCUCAUAAUAAGAACUUGGAAUUUGGAAUUAUUCCGCGAUAUGUGCUCGAUCGUGAUGAGAACGAUAUGAAGGUUCACUUUGCGAAUUUGGAUCAGUUCCCUGGUAUGGCAAUUCCCCUUCUUGAUUCCGAAGCUGGGGGUGAGGGUAAGACAAUUGAUUGGGAAUCAAUCAAUAACCUCCAGUAUGGGAGAUUCCUUUUGGCAGGCGGUCUCACUCCAGACAACGUUAACGAAACAAGGUACAUCAAAAAUCUCGUCGGGUUCGAUGUCAGCGGAGGGGUUGAAACCGAGGGGGUAAAGGAUAGGGAUAAAAUUACCAAAUUCAUUGAAAAUGGUAAAGAUGUGGUAUUUGAAUAG